CGUGAGCUUUGAAAUCUCCGCUUCAGUCGCGCUAAGAUGGACGGCGGAGCGUACGGCGGCGGAAAGGCCGGGGCCCCUUUCGAUCCGAUUGCAUACGUUCAGAGACCGCAGGUCAUUCUGAAAGCGGUAUGCCUGCUUUUUGCAAUAAUUGUCUUUGGAUGCAUAAGCAGCAAGGGCUAUCUUCCAAAAGACGAUGACGGGAAAGAAGUUUGUCUUUACAAUGAAGACAAUAAUGCAUGCAAUUAUGGGAUUGGGAUUGGAGUACUGGCAUUUUUGGCUAGUAUCGGAUUUCUCGCGGGUGAAUACCUGUUUGAACAAAUGUCGUCUGUUAAGACUAGAAAACAUUUUGUUCUUAUAGAUUUGGGUUUUUCGGGCUUCUGGUCUUUCCUGUACUUUGUGGGAUUCUGUUAUUUGACAAAUGCAUGGAAUAAAUCUUCAAGACCAAAGGAUGGAUAUGGUGUGAAUAAUUUACAGGCAGCUAUUGCAUUCUCAUUUUUCUCUAUCUUCACUUGGGCUGCUUGUGCUUGGUUUGCAUUUCAAAGAUUUAAACAAGGUACUGAUGCAGCAUUUGCUCCAAGUUACGAAGCAGAUCCUGUUGGUGGUACAGGAUAUACAAGUUAUCCUGAUGCUACUGACACUGCUUAUCAAGAACCGCCAUUCGGUCAACAACAACAGCGGGGUAUGGGUGACUUUCAAGCCCCAGCUUACUAAAAGUCAUCCAUAGUCAAUACCAAAAUGUAUUUCCAUUGGAUGCACAGCGAGCUACUUACGAAAGAAGAUGAUUUAGCAUAAUUUUUCAACAAGAUAUAUUGUUUCCAUCACCUAUUUUGCUUAAAGAUUAAAGAAGAACUUCAUUCGCUGAUAGGUCGCUGGGCAGCGCGUUGGUCAUAGAGUAAGUUUUCAUGGCAAGAUGUAGAAGGAAGUUAUUUGUUAAACUGUGCUUCUUAUUGUUGACCACUUGUAAGUUACACUUAUAUCCAUAUACCCAAUGUCACAGAAAGCGUUAGGCAUGUUUAAGGUAUGUCAUAUACGCUUGAACAUGCAUUACGAUGGUGGCCGUUCUCUCUCUGACCAUCUUAUGGAAGUAAAUAUAUCUUAUAAUGAAUAACUAUAGCAACUCCAUAAUAAGUAAGAACUAGUACGUGCACAGGCUAUGUAUAUUUUAACGUUGUAACGUGUUCAUAGUAAACGCGACUUAAAUAUAACAGUAAUACAAUGCGUUGCAUUAUCAUGCAUUGCAUUAUUAUGCAAUUAGUAAUAAACGAGAUACGCGAAAUCUAGGAUUGAAAUGAAUAAGUCGACACAUAUAUUUUAUAUUAGUGAGACAAUACCUAAGUUAUUUAAGUUACUUACUUGUAUUGGUUGCGUGAACAUAAUGGAAUAUUUCUUACAUAAUAGUAUUAGCAAAAUGUAUUUGCACUAAAAUAUGAUGAAAUAGUAAACCAAAGUUUUUCUAUUGACAUAAGUUCAUAUGAACAAAUUAUAUAUAAAACAUGCAUACAUUAUCUGCAAUCUUGAUUAUUGCUAUAUAUUGCUAUAUAUUUUGUAUUUGUGAAUCUCUCAUUGCAAGACUUUGGCUCAUUAAAUGCUUUACUAUAUAUGUCAACAACUCAUAUAAAGAGAGGGAAAAAAUUGUACAUUUUUUAAUAAGCAAACAUAUUUCAAAGAAAGUUGAGCUUUGUUGAGUUUUUAUAUUUAAUAAUUUUUUGUUCUAAUAAAUAUAUUCGUUUGGUAUGCAAUCUCAGGAAUAUAUUUAAUUAGAUUAUUUAUUUAUAUAUAAUUAUUUAUAUUUCAUUAUUUAUUUAUACAAGAUAAAUGCAAAGCUCAAUAUUUAACAUCUUGUAUUAUUGAAAACAUUAUUUUCAAAUUGGUAAUCACAAGAAUGUAUAAAUUAACACUCGAAAAAUAUUUCUAAUUGACAGUUUAAUAAGAUGUAUCACAUAGGAUAAUGGAAUCAGAAUAAUUCUUGAUUGAUGGAAAUAAUAAUUAGUUUGACGUGCAAUAAAAGUAUUAUAUAUGUACUUAUCAUAUAAUUUUAUAUUCAUGAAAAGAAUCGAACAUAUUAUUUACUUAAACAUCUUUCUGAUACAUCGCAUCAAGUAAAUAUAAAUAUUAUUAGAAAUUAUCCAAAUUUAUCCAGUAUUUUAGUAGCUUAAUAAUUAAUUCGGGAGAAUUAUAUAUUUUAUAGAUAUAUGACAUGUGAAUUGUACAAUGAGUGAGAGAUUUUUUGAUGUCCAUUUAUUUAAAAGCUAUCAUUUUUAUGGAAAUUUGCGUUUGUAGUUUAUUUUUAAGAUUUUGAUAUAUCUAAUUUGCAUAAUUCUCUUGAAGAAAAUAAUUAUAUGAUAAGAUAUGCUUAUAUAUAAAUUGAAAAGCUUAGUUUAUGUAAAAUAUUAUGUGAAGUGCAAUAAUAAUUAUAUGUAUUCCUGAUAAUUCCAAAGAUAUCCCUUUUUGGGUAUGCAGGAUUAAUUAUAAUAAAGAGAAAUAUUUUUUCGAGGUUUAAAUGUAUUAUUCUCUAUAUUUUAUUUCCUUAAUAAUUUAUUUACCCACCUACUUACCUGCAUAUUCAAAGGGUUGGAUUUUUAGAUGUUCACUCUUUUCAAAAUUGAUCUCUCACUCUUUCAAGAUCUUAACCCUUCCAAGAUAAUAUAUUAUAUAUUGAUAUAAUAUAUAUAUUGAUAAUAUUGUUGACUAGCAGAUUGUGUGAUGAUGCACAAAUUAUAUGCACUCAAAUGUCAUCUAGAAGGGUUAAGACAAUAAAUGCAAUCUAAAUCUUUUAAAUCUUUACUAUAUGAUAGAAAAAAAUAACAACGCUAUCACACGCUUUUAAAUUCACCUGUGAGAUCAGAAAGAGCGAAACAGAGAGAAUGUAAUGCUAUCAAAAAGUGUCUACUACAAAAGUGUAAAGGAAUAAAAACGUGUAUCAAGAUGUGGGUAUCGAUAACUAAAUAGCUGUUGUAUUAUUGUACUCUUAUACAUAUAUAUCAUUGCAUUUGAUGCAGUAGCAAUGUGUAUGCGUCUGUAAAGAUCUGAGUGUUUAGGAACGAUCUAAAAUGUAAUUUAAAAGAUAGCCAAAAUACAUAUAAGUGAUUAUUUUUA